CAGGUUAAUCUUUUCUACAUCAACGCUGCUUUGGCCUAGGAAUACAACAACGACCACCUUAUUUAUUUUUUUGGAGAAGUUUCGUGUUUUAAAGAGGAACUGACGUUAGCUCUAGCUCAAGCAGGUCAAUCGGAGAGAGAGAGAGAGAGAGAGAGAGAGAGAGAGAUCCAGCUAACGCUACAGCAGCGCCCGCACUGCUAGCACUGCAGCCUUGUGUGCUUUUAUAUGUCUUCAUAACCAAAGUCCACUUAUUAACUCGGCAUAUUAAACUAUAAUGUGUCGGAUGCACAUUGUCGAGUCUACACAGCUUUAUAUUGUAAGUUUGGUGAGUUUGUAUUAGUGCAUGCCGGUGAUAUUUGUUAAGAUCGGAGCAGUUGAGCUGAGUUAGCUUUAGCUAUAGCGAGCAGCCUCCAAGUUCCUUCAAGCUCCCUUUGCGUUUUGCCGACGAGAUGCCUGCGAUGUUAGAGAAGGGCACCACGGAAAUUUCGGGUAAAAGAAGGGGCAGAAACUCUGUAAGUAAUCCGACCAAAAGUUUAACUUCAAAUGGGAACAGUAACAAUUCAUGGGAGGAAGGAAGUUCGGGUUCCUCAAGUGAUGACGAGCAUGGUGCGGGUGGGAUGCGAGUUGGACCACAGUAUCAGGCGGUUGUUCCCGAUUAUGAUCCAGAAGUAGCAAAGGCAAGCCAUGAGAGAGAGAAUCUGGGGAUGUUGGUGUGGUUUCCGAAUCAGAGCAUCCCAGAAGCCAAAUUGGAUGAGUACAUUGCAAUAGCCAAAGAAAAACAUGGGUACAAUAUGGAACAGGCAUUGGGCAUGCUGUUUUGGCACAAGCACAAUGUUGAAAAGUCUUUGGCAGAUCUUCCCAACUUCACCCCGUUUCCAGAUGAGUGGACGGUGGAGGACAAGGUGCUGUUUGAACAAGGUUUCAGCUUUCACGGAAAGACGUUUCACCGCAUCCAGCAGAUGCUUCCAGACAAGUCAAUUGCAAGCCUGGUUAGAUUCUAUUACUCGUGGAAGAAAACGCGCAGUAAAACCAGCGUGAUGGACAGGCAUGCACGCAAACAGAAGAGAGAAAGAGAGGAAAGUGAUGAAGAGGGAGAGGAAAACACUUGCAUUUCUCCAGGCGCUGCUGAAUGUGAGCCAAAUAAAGAAGAAAAGAAAGAGGGAACAUCUGGACUCCUGGAACCAGCAGUUGUGCAGAAGCCAGCAAACCCUGCAGAAAAAUCAAUCCAUGUUAAGAAGGAGCCACAGGGACCAGCUGGCAGAAACCUUCACAGGGCGAAAAAGAAACCUCCCAAAGGCAUGCACUUACAUUCUGGUGAUGUGACUGCGAUGUCCAGCAGCGGUCCUACUGCAGUUAGCCUUCUCAGACAGCUUGAUAUGGAGCUUGUUACCAUAAAACGACAGAUUCAGAGCAUUAAACAGCACAAUAGUGCCCUCCGAGAUAAACUGGAUACAGGUGUGGAUGAAUAUAAGCCAUCUGAGGUUAACCAGAAGUUUAAUACCCGCUGGACCACAGAAGAACAGCUCCUUGCAGUACAAGCCAUAAGGAAGUAUGGGCGAGACUUCCAAGCCAUUUCCGACGUGAUCGGGAACAAGUCUGUAGUUCAGGUGAAAAACUUCUUUGUGAAUUAUCGCCGUCGUUUCAACCUGGAUGAGGUGCUGCAGGAGUGGGAGGCUGAGCACGGAGUGGAGGAGCAAAAGGGGCUGGAUGAGGAGAAGAUGGAGGUGUCUUCUGAGGAGGGCACCACACCUGGAUCUACAGAAAACCAGACAGAGGAACCAACGUCGAUGGAGACACAAACCCCUUCAGCUUCCUGAGUUUAUACGCAGCAUUGAGAUGAGCUACGUUCUGUUGAGUGCAGCUUCGCAUAUAAGAGGCAUUAAGGCUUCAAAAGCUUCAAGUGUAGCCUCUUGAUAACGGAUAUUCCUCCUUUCUCUAUCAACUUCCUCCACCCCGCUGAACCCCAGGACUCUCACGGGUGUCACCGCACAGGAGCGCAAACUUCACUUCUACUAUUAAGCUACCGGGACCGUCUUGUUCGUUUAUGGUCACUGCCACACAAGAAGAGACGCUGUCUGGUCUUUACCAGUCUGGUACUCCAACAAUCAUGUUCUCCACAUAUGGUAAUUGGUCUGUCACUGGGGAACAACAACCCCUUUACACCUAUCCCAAAGUUUAGAGACUCAGAAUUGUGGUUUUGAUCUGAAGGAGCUUAUUUGAUGGUGUCACUUGAUUAUCAUUGUAUUUUUCUUUCUAUUUCCAUAGGACUUGGCUUUAGUCAAGCAUCUCUUUCCAGUUACCUUUUUGUUACUAUAGUGUAUAACCUGGUUUGUUCUAUACAGUAGAAUGGGUGGGAGGGGGCAUUUUAGGUGAACUCUUCGAUUAUGUUAAACUAUUUAUUUACAUAAAAAUUGAAUUAUGAAUUAUGAGAGCUGCAUUGUAUCAAAAUGAAUUGAAAUGUCAGUGUAGAUUGUAAUUUUAUAUCAAUUUUAAUAUUAUUCUCAAGUAAAUAUAAUGGUUUGCAGCUCUUAUAUUGUUGGUUUAGUACUAGGUCAUAAUAUAUUAUUAUUAUGUUUUAUCAUGAACCCUUUAGUUGUUGAAUUACAUCUUAUCUCAAAAGGUUUCUUGACACCAGAGACAAGUAGUAGUACCGAAGUGAAAAUAGCUUUUUUAUAUAUAUAUUUUUGCUUGGAAUUUUACGAAUUUAUUUUAAACUAUUUUGCAUGCAUUGACAUUUCUUGUGCCAAGGUCAAGCUGUUCCCCCCUUUAAGGGGUGUCUAAAAUAUAGGGAUUGCCAUAUGUAGGUAGAAAUGUAAAGGUAUGGGAGCACAUCUGAUUUUCUACUAUUCCAUGCUUGUAGCGAUCCAUACAUCUUAAGUUAUUAUGGUGUUUGGAGAUGAAAGGUUCCUGUUGCUUAUCUAUUGUAUGUCAUUUUAAAUCGAAUAAGUUAUUUAAAUUACAUGCACAUCUCGCCUGUUUCGACCAAUUUUUUUCCCUCUAUAACUGUAAUGGUACCAUACAUGUGUGAACUCCUUUUGAACUUAUUACGUGUGCUGAUAACGUGAAUGCUUGGGGUUAAAUCGUGUGUCUGCGUGUGUGGGUGUGAUUUAAUGUGGCGGUAGACUUCACCUGUAUAUGUAAUAGGUUUACGCCACAUUAGUCAUAAUAAACUUAAGGGAUUUAUACUGUCAAAUGCAUUGUUUUUUUAUCUGUAUGCAUCACAUUUUAUUAUAUUCUGUCUAUUAAUCAUAAAUAACAGCUUAUGAUUUGAAAUGAGAUGCUUGAAAUUUACCCUUAAAUAAAAAGGCCACUUUAAGGUU